AUGAUUGAUUUAUCCUUCUCACAAUAUACAUGGUUGUAUUAUUUAUCUUUUUCAAAACUUGAUCAUUUAAAUGCAAAUUCUCAACAACACAAAUAUGCUCUCAUUGAAUAUAUUGAAUAUUUAUAUAAAAAUUAUUAUUUUGGAUGGAUGGGAAAGGAUGAAACUUUGAUAUAUUUGAUUGAUUAUUUCAUUGAAAAGAAGAAGGAAAUUAUUGAUACCUCCUACAUUCCAAUCUUUGCAUUUAAAAUUAUGAUCAAAUUAGAACAAGAAAUAUUAUUUUAUGACAUUUUAAAAAGAUUGUUGAAAAUGAAUGAAUUUAAUUUAAGUUUAUCAUACCAACAAGCAAUGUAUAUCAUGAAAUCCAAGGAAAACAAAUCAUCACUCCUCAUACAUUCACUCUAUCAAAUACACGAGUUGUACCGAAGAAAAUUUCUCAAAAACAAAUUACACCAAUUCAUCAUCAGGCUGAAAGUUAUGUCAACCUUUGAAAAAAAGAAAUAA